CGGGGCCGGGAGGGGCACCGGGGCCGGGGGGCGGCGCUCCGGCCCGGCCCGGCCCCGCCCGAUGUCCAUGAGUGCGAACACCAUGAUCUUCAUGAUUCUGGGGGCGUCGAUCGUGAUGGCCAUCGCGUGCUUGAUGGACAUGAACGCGCUGCUGGACCGAUUCCAUAACUACAUCCUCCCGCACCUGCGGGGCGAGGACCGCGUCUGCCACUGCAACUGUGGCCGGCACCACAUCCACUACGUGAUCCCGUACGACGGGGACCAGUCGGUGGUGGACGCCUCUGAGAACUACUUUGUGACAGACAAUGUGACCAAGCAGGAGAUCGACCUUAUGCUGGGCCUGCUGCUGGGUUUCUGCAUCAGCUGGUUCCUGGUGUGGAUGGACGGUGUCCUGCACUGCGCUGUGCGCGCCUGGAGGGCUGGUCGGCGCUAUGAUGGCUCGUGGACCUGGCUGCCCAAGCUGUGCAGCCUGCGGGAGCUGGGCCGGCGGCCGCACAGGCCCUUCGAGGAGCCCACGGGGAACAUGGUGCACGUGAAACAGAAGCUCUACCACAACGGCCACCCCAGCCCGCGGCACCUGUGAGUGCGCCUCAGGCGCCUCAGGGCUGCCGUGCGCACGCCAGGACCUCGUGGACGCUGGCAAGCGGGACUGCGGCCUCAGGCCCAGGGUAUGCUGGGCUGUGGCCAGCUGGGCUGUGGCCAGCAGGCAAAUCCAGUGGAAGGUGCUGUCUCUUCUUUUUAUAAAGGGGUCGGGUGGGGGCUGGGGUGGGGAUGGCCACUGGGCUUCAGGGACAGCAGCCUGGUCUCCGCAGUGAGCAGGACACAGAGGCAGGCGCUCAGAGGUGUCAGGGCCAGGGGUGGUGGGUCCAGUGGGGAGAGGCCUGGCUUUUGCUAGCCUAAAGCCACAUCUCACUGAAAGCCACUGUUUCUUGAGCACCUGUUAUCCAUCCGUCCGUCCGGAGGGGAGGGAUGUGUCAGGGCCUGCGCCCAUCUGCACACGGGAGCAUGUGCAUGGGGCGUGUGUGACUGGAGGGCGGGACUGGAGGGGCGGGGCCCCAGCAGCAAUAGGAUGUGGUGGCCCCAGGUGCCCAGCCCUCACUGUGAAGCCCACCCUGCCUGGCCAGUAAAUUCUCCAGAAA